CUCCAGUGCGCUCCUUUCCCCUCAGCGUGAGAUCUAUCGCAGCGGUGCCUUUGUAUCUGUGAUAAUUCCAUACUAUCUGGUGAAGAUGAUUCGCACAGUGAUUUUUGCUUCCGUGGUGGUGCUUGUGGCUGCCUUUGGUUCCUGUCCCCUGCAGCGGCCCACUCAGUGUUACGGUUUCCGGAAUUCGACUCUUGGCCGAGAGACUCCCGCUUUCCCGCAGUGCUCCCUCCUCCCGCCCGUCCAGUGCCCGACCUUCGAGGGAAAUACUACCAACGGCGAGUUCCUCUUGUUUUCUGAGCCUCUGAACCCCACGAGUCUGCUCCCUCUGGCCUCGCAGUGUCCCGCGCCCGCUUCUCAAUGGCUUGACUUCGGUCUCAGCUCUACGCUUCUACUGAAUGCGUCCAUCGUCAGUAACAGGAAAUAACUAUUUUUGAUACAUCGCAGGUGAUUUUUUGUAUGCUCAGCUCUUCCUUACGACAACAGGCAAUACGCCGCUGUGUUCCUUCCAGAGCUUCUUUCCUUAUGUAUCUGAGAUAAUAAAAUCCGAAACUAUCUAUA